CUGGCGCCGGAAGAGAAGGCGGCCCCCCUCUCUCGGCCCGGCCAUCUUGUGGGAAGAGCUGAAGCAGGCGCUUUUGGCUCGGCGCGGUCCGCUGCAAUCCGUGGAGGAACGCGCCGCCGAGCCACCAUCAUGCCUGGGCACCUACAGGAAGGCUUCGGCUGCGUGGUCACCAACCGAUUCGACCAGCUAUUUGACGACGAAUCGGACCCUUUCGAGGUACUGAAGGCAGCAGAGAACAAGAAAAAAGAAGCCGGCGGGGGCGGCGUUGGGGGCCCAGGGGCCAAGAGCGCGGCUCAGGCCGCGGCCCAGACCAACUCCAACGCGGCAGGCAAACAGUUGCGUAAAGAGUCCCAGAAAGACCGCAAGAACCCGCUGCCCCCCAGCGUCGGCGUGGCUGACAAAAAGGAGGAGACGCAGCCGCCGGUGGCGCUUAAGAAAGAAGGAAUAAGGCGAGUUGGAAGAAGACCUGAUCAACAAGUUCAGGGUGAUGGGAAAGUAAUUGAUAGGAGAUCAGAAAGGCGACCACCUCGUGAAAGAAGAUUUGAAAAGCCACUUGAAGAAAAAGGUGAAGGAGGUGAAUUUUCAGUUGAUAGACCAAUUAUUGACCGGCCUCUCCGGGGCCGAGGUGGUCUUGGAAGGGGUCGAGGAGGCCGUGGACGUGGAAUGGGCCGAGGCGAUGGAUUUGAUUCUCGUGGCAAGCGUGAAUUUGAUAGGCAUAGUGGAAGUGAUAGAUCUUCUUUUUCACAUUACAGUGGCCUGAAGCAUGAGGACAAACGCGGAGGUAGCGGAUCUCACAACUGGGGAACUGUCAAAGAUGAAUUAACAGAGUCACCCAAAUACAUUCAGAAACAAAUAUCUUAUAAUUGCAGUGAUUUGGAUCAAUCAAAUGUGACUGAGGAAACAACUGAAGGUGAAGAACACCCAGUGGCAGACACUGAAAAUAAGGAGAACGAAGUUGAAGAGGUUAAGGAAGAGGGUCCAAAAGAGAUGACUUUGGAUGAGUGGAAAGCUAUUCAAAAUAAAGACCGAGCAAAAGUAGAAUUUAAUAUCCGAAAACCAAAUGAAGGUGCUGAUGGACAAUGGAAAAAGGGAUUUGUUCUGCAUAAAUCAAAAAGUGAAGAGGCUCAUGCUGAAGAUUCAGUUAUGGAUCAUCAUUUCCGGAAGCCAGCAAAUGAUAUAACGUCUCAACUGGAGAUCAAUUUCGGAGACCUAGGCCGCCCAGGACGUGGUGGCAGAGGAGGACGUGGUGGACGUGGGCGUGGUGGUCGUCCAAACCGUGGCAGCAGGACUGAUAAGUCAAAUGCUUCUGCUCCUGAUGUAGAUGACCCAGAGGCAUUCCCAGCUCUGGCCUAACUGGAUGCC